UUAGAGGAUGGGAUCCAUUCCCAAUUAAAGUCUUGCUCUUGCUCCUGUUUAUAUUCUAUCCAUCCAAAUCCAUCCAUACCUCUUCCUUCCUGGUCUUGUUAGUAUAACACAACUCAACUAGUUGUAAGCAAGCACAGCACAGCACAAAAGCAAAACCAUUUUUUAAAAAUAAAUCACAGAAUCUCUUUGUUUGUUUUAGAAUUGGAAGAUGAGCCCUUGAUUCCGUGUCUGUGUCUGCGUUUGAUUCCGAAUGGGUUGUUUUUCGUGUUUCGAUUCCAAGGAGGAUGAGAAGCUCAAUCCUAAUCCGACCCACCAAAUCCAUGAUCAUAAUCAUAUUUCCAGAUUACCCUCUGCCUCUGCAGGAGUAGACAAGCUACGCCCAACAAGUAAUGGAGCCUCCAAAAGGGAAUUGCCAGCACCUGGCCUCAAGGACAAAGACAAGGACAAGGACAAGGACAAGGACAAAGACAAGGACAAGGACGGACUUGCAGCUGUCCAAAUUGCCGCUCAAACUUUUACUUUCCGUGAACUUGCAGCUGCUACCAAAAACUUCAGACCCCAGUCCUUUAUAGGGGAAGGUGGUUUUGGAAGGGUCUACAAGGGGCGCCUCGAAACCACUGCCCAGGUUGUUGCUGUUAAACAGUUGGACAGAAAUGGUCUCCAGGGUAAUCGGGAAUUUCUUGUUGAGGUUCUCAUGCUUAGUCUUCUACACCACCCUAACCUUGUGAAUCUCAUUGGAUACUGUGCGGAUGGAGACCAACGCCUCCUGGUUUAUGAAUUUAUGCCACUGGGAUCAUUGGAAGACCACCUUCAUGAUCUUCCCCCUGAUAAGGAGCCCUUAGAUUGGAACACUAGGAUGAAAAUAGCUGCUGGUGCUGCAAAAGGAUUGGAAUACCUACAUGACAAGGCAAAUCCUCCAGUCAUUUAUAGGGACUUCAAGUCAUCUAAUAUAUUACUUGAGGAAGGUUUUCAUCCAAAGCUUUCUGACUUUGGUCUAGCAAAGCUUGGUCCUGUUGGUGACAAAUCACAUGUUUCCACCCGUGUCAUGGGAACUUAUGGUUACUGUGCUCCUGAGUAUGCUAUGACUGGGCAACUGACAGUGAAGUCUGAUGUAUAUAGUUUUGGGGUAGUAUUUUUGGAGCUGAUUACUGGCCGUAAAGCCAUUGACAGCACUCUGCCCCAUGGAGAACAAAACCUUGUCACAUGGGCACGCCCAUUGUUCAAUGACCGCAGGAAGUUUCCAAAGUUGGCAGAUCCCCGGCUGCAGGGGCGGUAUCCCAUGCGCGGUCUUUACCAAGCUCUAGCUGUGGCAUCAAUGUGCAUUCAAGAGCAGGCAGCAGCACGUCCUCUGAUUGGUGAUGUCGUGACGGCACUCUCUUACCUGGCCAAUCAGGCUAAUGACAUUAACAAUGCUGGGCAUGAUAAAAGGAGCAGAGAUGAUAAAGGUGGCAGAAUAUUGAAAAAUGAUGAAGGUGGAGGAUCUGGAAGAAGAUGGGAUUUGGAAGGAUCGGAGAAAGAUGACUCCCCACGUGAAACUGCGAGGAUAUUAAACAGGGAUCUUGAUAGGGAACGUGCUGUAGCUGAAGCCAAGAUGUGGGGAGAGAACUGGAGGGAAAAAAGACGACAAAGUGUGCAGGGCAGUUUUGAUGGUUCUAAUGCCUAGUUUCCAUUGUGCAAAUCCCAGCACCGUCUUUUUAUCUUAGUUGCGGCCAUGCAAUGCAAGGUGGAAAUUUUUGGGAGCUUUCUUUUGGCUGAUUUAGGGCAAGUCUGGAUAACCAAUUUGGCCAUUUACCGGGUUCUCAUUUGUUUACAAAAUCUGUCUGCUGGCCAUUUCUUGUGGCUGCUACGAAACAUAAUGAACCUGGUACCAAAAUCUUUCUAACUAAGCCUUUCAUGCACUUUGUUAUGUAUUUUGCCUCAUUGACACGAGUAUAUUGGAGUUGGACAGUGUACAUUAUUUGCUAGAACUAGGAGUGUCAAGGUUAUAUGACUGGCGUUUUCAAAAA